AUGGCCGACGUAUGCUCGGCGGCGGCCUCCGACGAAACCCUAGCCGCCGUCUUCGCCCAGCUCAAGCCUCACACUACCGCCCUCCUCGACGUCCUCCGCAGCCGCGGCCCCGCCUCCAACUCCGCCGCCGCCACCUCCCUCCGUGCCAUGGCUGCCCUCCUCCGCUCCGCCACCGCCCCUGCCUUGCAGCUCUGCUUCGAAUAUACGGUGUUUCCAUUGCUCAUGCUCCUGGAUGCAGCGGUGCUGUGCAGGAAGGAAGGCAAGGCAGCCGGGCAGGGCGUCGGGGAGUCUGACAUCACUGAUGCCGUUGCUGAAGGCGGGCUCGCCUGCCUUGAGGUUCUCCUCUCCAAAUGCCGCCUCACCUCAGUCAAUCAGAUGGCUACGUUACUGAAGAAGUUGACUCCUGGGGCAAUGCUUUCGCCCACCGAGGCUUCAGAGGAAUUCCGCCUAGGCAUCAUUAGAUGUUUCAGAUCCAUGAUUCUGCAGUUACAAUCAUGCUCGGAUAAGUCCUGUUCGUGUAAGCAAGCAACUGUGUUGCCUACAACCCCCACCAUUAUACGUUUGGAAGUUUGUAGUGUGGCUCACCAAAAGCACUCUGCGAAACAAGACGAGUGCUUGCUUGCAUUCCUGCAAUCUCAAUAUGCUUCAGUUACUGUGGGACACUGGCUUUCACUUCUUCUUCAAUCAUCAGAUAUUGAGGCAGCAAGAGGUCACCGAGGCAGUGGAGGUCUUAGAAAGGAGUCAUUGCUUGCAUUGCGCAUUCUUAUUGCCAAGGAUGUGAUCCUGGCUAAAGAGGUGGCGAAACUGCCUUUUGGUUUCCCCACCACAUAUCAAGUGCUCAUCAUGCGCUACGACUGGGAAGGAAGGCCGCAAGGGACUGAAAACUGGAUGCAGAUGGGUGUACAGGUCCUUGUAUCUGAUCCACGAGAACUGCAGAAGAUAUGUGAUGGAGAAUCACUGCUGAAGGUGAUAUUGCAUGCUGAAGGUGAUAUUGCAGGCACCAUCAUGGACACAUCGAAGGUCCUAAGCUCUAGGUUCGGUUCACAUGAUGAAUUGGGGACGAUGCCGCAGAAGUUCAUGCCUGCCUCAGAUGGCUAUAUCGAUGCAGUCAUGAUAAGGGAUUGUCCAAAUGCUGAUCUUUUAGAUUUGCUUCUCAAGAAGAGCAAUGAUACCAUUUGGGAUUUGUUGAGAGAUGUAGAGGUGGCCGAUGUCUACAUGGUGUGCCACUGA